CAACUAUGUUUGAUGUAAGUUUGAAAUAGUGAUUUUAAAGAUAAAAAUCAUCCUUGUGAGGAAGACACAGAUAUUUUGAGAAGGAUAAUUGGUUCCACUAUUAUUCAGGGCUAGAGGGGUAAGUUUAGCAGAAUGGCUGCACGCUGGACCAAAAUAACGAUCGGUCUGUCAUCCCUUCUCUAAACAGGGAUGCUGCAGAGAAGGUCUAUUUCGAUGGAAUAAACUCUAGCAUUACGGUAGUAGAAUCAACUUGAAUAAUAAUGAAAUGUGUGUAGAUUUAGAGUUGCAUUAGUUGGAAUCCUCCUGAAAUGAAAAUGCAUCUCUUAAAAUACAUAUUCGAAUUUAUUUUGGCUGUUAUGCUUAGCUGCCCGUCUUCUCAAGCUAUGAAACAGAUAGAAGCCAAUCCGGAUGCUAAAAGGCUCUACGAUGACCUUCUCAGUAACUACAACCGCCUGAUAAGGCCCGUUGUCAACAAUACAGAAACAUUGACUGUUUGGCUUGGACUAAAACUUUCGCAGCUUAUUGAAAUGAACCUCAAGAACCAGGUUAUGACCACUAAUGUGUGGGUUGAGCAGAAAUGGGUGGACUACAAACUGCGGUGGGACCCAGAGGAGUAUGGCGGCGUGGAGAUGCUUUAUGUCCCUUCCGAACACAUAUGGCUACCUGAUAUUGUACUCUACAAUAAUGCUGAUGGCAACUACGAAGUGACUCUCAUGACAAAGGCAACCUUGAAAUACACCGGAGAAGUCUACUGGAAGCCACCUGCUAUUUACAAAUCGUCAUGCGAAAUAAACGUUCUCUACUUUCCGUUCGAUGAACAAAGUUGUCUCAUGAAGUUUGGGUCAUGGACCUACAACGGAUUUCAGGUGGAUUUGAAACACAUGGAGCAGGUAUCAGGUUCCAAUUUGGUGUCGAUUGGCAUUGACCUGAGUGAAUUUUACCUGAGUGUUGAGUGGGACAUCCUUGACGUACCGGCCAGGCGGAAUGAGGAGUAUUAUCCCUGUUGUACCGAGCCUUACUCAGACAUCACAUUCAACCUAACGAUGCGCCGCAAAACACUGUUCUACACAGUAAACCUGAUCAUCCCGUGUGUGGGCAUCACGUUUCUGACAGUGCUAGUGUUCUACCUGCCUUCCGACUCAGGCGAGAAGGUGACACUGUGCAGCUCCAUCCUCGUCUCGCUCACUGUCUUCUUCCUGCUGCUGGCCGAAAUCAUCCCGCCCACCAGUCUGGCUGUGCCGCUCCUCGGCAAAUAUCUACUAUUCACCAUGAUCCUGGUCACUCUAUCCAUCUGCGUCACUGUCUGCGUGCUCAACGUGCAUUUCAGAUCACCAUCCACACACAACAUGUCUCCCUGGGUGAAGAAGGUGUUCCUGCAUUUGAUGCCUCGGCUUCUCAUGAUGCGUCGUCCUCCCUACUCUCCCAGAGAGAUAUAUGCUGCCUCAGGAGCCGGUGGAGGGGGGGAUCCUGAUGACCUCUGCUGCCAAUCAGACACGUUGAGUGAUGCGCCCUAUGACCCUCAAGGCCACCUCAAAGCCACCAGUGCAAGUCCUUCCUUUGAGUCGGUUGCAGCAGCCUAUAACCGGCAUCAGGCUCAUUCAUCAAUGGUUGAUCCAGAGAACACCCUACCACGCCAGAUGUCCCCUGAUGUGUUGGCUGCCCUGCAAGGAGUCAGAUUCAUAGCGCAACACAUCAAAGAUGCCGAUAAGGACAAUGAGGUUAUCGAAGACUGGAAGUACAUUUCAAUGGUGCUCGACCGCUUCUUUCUGUGGGUGUUUACCAUAGCCUGCAUUGGUGGCACUUGUGGCAUCAUAUUCCAGGCGCCAUCUUUGUAUGACCAGCGCAUCCCCAUUGACCAGCAACUCUCUGACAUUCCCUUCCGCAAGAACAAUCUGCAAUUGCCUGAUGAGUACCUGCAACGGCACACCUUCUAAGCGACAGUCACGACAUUGACCAGCAACUCUCCGACAUUCCCUUCCACAAGAAAAAUCUGCAAAUGCCUGAUGAGUGCAUGAUAAUGAAUGAAGAAGAGUUGAUUCUAAAAUUGAA